CGCAUUGCUUCUUUUGCCUUCGCCGUGGUACAGACACUUGCACGCUCACCAAACAUGACGUCUGGCACUGUUGAGCCAAAGCGUAAUGCGACCCACGCCGUCGACAGCCUUGAUCAUGGAGUCGAGAAGCAGAAGAUGGAACACUCCGAGGUCUUGGGCGACAAGGAGUUCAUGACCGACGCUGAGAACGCCGAGACCCGCGAGCAUGAGAUGGGCCUGUGGGAGGCGGUCAAGGAUCAUCCUAUGGCUUGCUUUUGGGCAUUCAUCUUCUGCUUUACCAUUGUCAUGGAAUCCUUCGACAUGUUUUUGAACGGUAACUUUGUCGCGCUUUCCGCUUUCAAGAAUAGGUACGGCGUCUUCGUCGAAGGAUCCGGCUAUGUCAUCCCCACCAAGUGGCAGAGUUCGCUCUUCCAAGCUGGACAAUGUGGCGCCUUUGUCGGUGUCUUUCUGGCUGGGCCCAUCACCAACCGUCUUGGUUACCGCUGGACCACCCUCUUGGCUCUAGUUCUUAUGAACGCCACAAUUUUCAUCUCCUUCUUUGCCGACUCACUCGAAGUCCUUGUCAUCGGGCAAGCGUUUGAAGGUAUCCCAUGGGGCCUGUUCAUUGCAAACUCCCCCGCCUACGCCAGUGAGGUGGUGCCUCUCGUUCUCCGUGGUGCCUGCACAGCUACUCUUCAAAUGUCCUGGUCUAUCGGUAGCAUCAUCGUCGCCGCCGCCACCUAUGGCUUCAAUAAGCGAACCGAUGAGUGGGCUUGGCGAGGCCCUCUUGCCUUGCAAUGGGUCUUCCCCGUCCCGCUUAUGGUCCUCAUCUUCUUCGCUCCGGAAUCUCCAUGGUGGCUCAUUCGCCGUGGACGCAACGAUCAAGCCCUUCGCUCCAUCAAGCGCCUCGGUCGCAAAAACGGAACCCAAGCGAGUGCCGAGGCGACGCUUUCCAUGAUACAACGAACCGUUGAGAUUGAAGCUCAUUUGGGCGGUGAACCUACCCUUCUUGACCUAUUCAAGGGCACAGAUCUGAGGCGAACACUCAUUACCUGCUUGAUCUACGCGUCACAGAACUUUGCUGGUAACCUGAUUGCCAACCAGGCAACCUUCUUCUUCGAGCAGGCUGGAAUGUCAACCGACUUCUCCUUCAAGCUCAACUUGAUCAAUUCGUGUCUUCAAUUGGUUGCCAAUACGCUCGCAUGGCCCCUUAGCGGUUGGUUCGGUCGUCGCACCAUCUACCUCUGGGGUACAGCUGUUAACGUCACUCUGCUCUUCCUACUUGGCAUUUGUGCCUCCAUCCCACAGAGUGUAGCGACCAACUACGCCCAGGCCUGUCUGGGUGUGAUGAUCUCAUUCGUGUUUGCCGGUGCCAUGGGUCCGAUCUCGUACUCCAUCAUUGCCGAGACGUCUUCAGUCCGUCUUCGCGCUUUGAGCACGGGUGUUGGUCGUGCCGCCUACUACGUCGCAGAGAUCCCUAUGAUCUACCUAGCCUCGCAGAUGCUCAACCCAACUGGAUGGAAUUUUGCAGGCAAGUGCGGAUACGUCUGGGGAGGUACCGCUUGCAUCUGCUUCGUUUCGGCCUACUUCGGCCUCCCUGAACUCAAGGAUCGCUCUUACCGUGAGCUUGACAUCUUGUUCAAGCGCAAGGUUUCCGCCAGGAAGUUCAAGUCGACCGUCAUUGACGUUAGGGAGAAUGAGUAAGACGUUGUGGUGGAGGAUGAUAGACACAAAACUGCAUCAUUGCCCCAGGCAGCGGAUAGACAGGGCAUUAUUUGGUUUAGAAUAGGCGGUAAAUAACUCUUUACUUUGCCAC